AUGGAAUUGAUUCAUUCUCCAAAACCUUCUCUUCUUCGUACGUGGUAUUUUCCUUCCGAGAAUACAUCUGGUUCCAAGUUUUAUGAUUUUUUUUUUAAAGCAUUUUCCUCAUUGUCUCGCUGGAACCGUUUCAAUGAUCAACCCAAAGCCAUCAAAUCGAAGCUUUGGAAGCUUAAAGACCAAUAUACCAUCACUGAAAACGGCACCACAUUUGGAAAUUUUACUAUAACUUAUGAUAUCGGUCAAAUCUUUGAUGGUACAGUACACAAAUAUACCAGGUAUAUCUCAACUAGGAAUCGGCAGUACAAAUGCAUAGGAUCCGGUGGACAAUAUACAGGUUUCGUAAGGUACAGAUAUUCCACUCGCAGAGAUUACAUUCACAUUUUGUGGUGUGUCGAUUUUGAUCGUCUUUUCGUUUGUGCGAACGAUCACAUUAUUUUCUGA